AUUAUGCGGAGUCCAUAGCCUCGUACCCGAUCCCGAACGCGAAUGCGAAUGCAACCAACCACUUUGACUCACCUCGCACUGUAAGUUAUAUUGAUCCAGACAAACCAGUCGAGACACAUUGAACAAUCACGACAGGCAGGCCACAUACCACCACGACAAUGGCCCACCCAUUCCAGUCCGAGCGCCUCAUUUACCGCGCCAUAGAGAGCCCCGAAGAUGACGACUUUUUCGUCCAACUCAGCGGCGACGCAAUGACAAACAUGAACUCGUCCAUCAACAUGGUAACGCCGAGGACGAAGAAGGAAUGCACCGACCACCAGACGUACAUCAAAGAAAAGUGCAUGCUCGGCGUCGUCAUCUGCCUGCCCGCCAACACGGCCGCGGCCAACGCGAAACCCACGCCGAUCGGCGAGUUGGACAUGACGCGGCAGUUCGAGCGACAUGCGCAACACCGCAGCGCGGAAAUCGGGAUUGAAAUCCUGCCCGAGUACCAGGGGAAGGGGUAUGGGACUGAGGCCAUCCAGUGGGCGCUCGACUGGGCCUUCCGCCGCGCCGGCAUGCACAAGGUGGACAUUGGCGCGUUUGAGUGGAAUUAUGGGGCGCGGAAGCUGUAUGAACGCAUUGGGUUCAAGCCUGAGGGAGUGAUCAGGGAACUAUUCUGGCACGAUGGGAGGUUCUGGGACGACCAUAAGUUCGGGAUGAUUGACCGGGAGUGGGAGGAGAUAAAGAAAGCGAGGGAAGCAGGGAAGCAAUAGUUCUAGAACUAGAGAGCCCCGGCCCAGCCAGAAAUAGAGGGUUUCAUGAUACGAGCAACGCUCGAG